AUGAGGGCAAUCCUAGUAGCAACGGUCUUGUUUACGUUCAUCACCACCGUGAUAUUCGUCUUCAGUACGCACCCGCUAGCCCCCGCCGCUGUCUGGACGUCGUGCGCGGAGCCGCUAGCGCUGCGCCGGAGCAGAGGAGGCUAUAUUCUGGUGUUGAGGUAUUCAGGACAGCAGGGAGCGGGCGUCCAGGCUCUCUCGUCUCUCCAGCAGUGGAUCAGUAAUCUGGAUUUGCCCAUGAAGGUCGUAGAGCCGUUCAUACAGAAUUCUGUACUCGGCAUUCAUCCAGCGAAGAAGGCUAACGCGAAAAGCGUCAGGUUCGGAGAAAUGUUCGACCUGGACAAUUUCAACGACGUGUCCCGCAGGAAAGGGCUAGCAGAAAUGAUCCCUUGGUCCGUCUACCGUGCUAGUGCCCAGGGCCAGGCUGCUGUCUUCGUCAACAUGGUCGCCAUUGACGGCCACACAUCCUUCUCUGCACCGACGAUCAGUUGGCAAGACGGAGGCAGUGGACGGUGCAAAGUCACAGAAAUUACAGGUCCCGACAAAACUAGUGUGUCCCUAUGCCAGGGGAGACGUGCUGAAGCCUACUGGAAAUUUGCCAACACGCACACACUCUCUUCAGAAGAGGUCUACAACUCUAUCUUGGGGGGAUUGGACCCUUCCAACAUCACUCUGAUAUUCUCUCUUUGGCGUGGACCCUGGCAGGUUGAAAAAGAAAAAAACGUCUUACACCAAGAACUAGAAUAUAAAGACAGUCAAAACCUACUAAACUCUGCCAUUGCUUACCAGAACAAGUUCCUAGCAGCUCCGGAGAGCAGGUACGUUGCAGUUAUGAUCAGAGCUGAACAUUCCAUACUGCAGUUCCUCGCAAAGAGAAGCAAGAACACCUCCAAAGACUUGGAGAAGUGUAUGGACGAGUUAGUGAAGGAAACCGAUGCAGCUAUGAAGGCAGUUGGUGCCAGUGGUCUGUUUGUAACGAGCGAUGUGGGGUACUUUGGAAGUGGAUCAUGGAACAGGACAAUCUCGUCUCCAGAGAAGGGAGAUGUGGCAGACGUAGAAAGGAGGGUGAAGAGGACAGUAGAGAGACUCUAUGCAGGCAGACAGGGCUGGACAUUUGAAGAGUGGGAGAGGAGUUUUGUGGAGGCAUCGGGAGGAGUAGAUGAGAGGGGGUACGUGGCCGCACUGCAGAGAGUCGUCGCCACAGACAGGAAGGCAGCUUGCCUGGUGCUGCUUGGUGGAGGCAUAUUUCACGAGCUCUCUUUGAAACAGUACCUCUACAACACCAACAACCGCACACACCCUUGCUGUGUGCGUAUGGUGUGUAUGCAGAGAAAAUAUCGAGAAUCGUUGACUUCUAUGCUGGAAAAGGCUAGUUAG